AUGGGCAAUCGUCGUCGUGCUGUGAGCAUGGCCUUCAAUGGCUCCAUGUCAGAAGACGAUGAAAGAAAAACAAAAAAGUCCAUUGCGGACAUCAAGACAUUAUACAAAGACAUCCGUUACGACUGGUCUCAGUUGACCACUGGAGAUACUACGCCAAUUGAAUUAGCCAUUGCAUUCCUUGAUGAUACCUCCGUUGGUUUAGCCCACAGAAAGGCCGAAUUUGACGAUCUUUGUGAAUCCACCAGUGAUACUCUUCGAAGAGCGGUCGUGGAGAACCACGAAAUCUUCAACAACUCGGUUGGUCUGUUCCACAUGCUCAUGUCGAUUGCCAAAGAGUCACAGGAUGACUCCGCCCUGAUAAAGAACCUCAUUGAAUCGAGUACCCGUGAUAUGAACGACAGAAUGGGUGUGCUCAAGGAGCUUGAUAGCAGUUCUGAGAAAUAUUCUGAGAUGCUUGAAAUACUCGACGCCAUCGAGAGCUUGCAUCAAAUUCCGGAUACAGUGGAUAAGCUUGCCGCCGAUAAGGAACUACACAAAGUUUAUGACACUAUUUCAGAGGGCUAUAAAAUAGCUGCCAAGUACAAUCUCUGGCACCUUCCCGCCUUGGCCGGAAUCCAAAGCUACUUGGAUAACCAGUCUAACAGUCUAUACGAUAUGAUUGUUGAUGAGCUCCGGAAUGAGAUUUAUCUCAAAAACUCAAGUGUUUUCAACCUGGGGAAGGAAUUUUGGAUCGAUCAUCUUUCGUCUAACAAUCCUCAAAUUGCAUCAUUCAAAACAUUGAUAAAGCUGCUGAAUAAUUUAGAGCUGUACAUCUACAAUUCGGCAAAUUUGGAUAUUGGAGAAAUUGCAUCAUGUUUUGCAGAGCCAGCCGCUACUUUCAUUGAGCAUCAGCUUCCCAAAAUUCAUGCUCACUACUCCAAGGUCCAAACUUCGAAGGCAGACUACUCCUUGAUACUUGAAUAUGCUUCUAGUGCGAACUCCGAAUCGUUUUAUUAUCUUUACAUGUUACUCACCACAGCUUCGAAGCUCAACAGAUUGAACUCUGUUUUAGAAAUUUUGGUUUCAUCUGUUCAGGUUGAGCUUCAUGACUUGAUUAAUCGGACCACACAAGAAUGCAAGCAAAGAAAUCUUCCACAACUUGCACGACUUGCGAAAGCUGUCAAAUUCGAGUUCGGGUCUGGAUCAGAGAAGAUCAGCGGUCAAACCUUUAACGAUGCCGCCGUCCCGAUUCUUCAAGACUUCUUUAGUACUAUCAUCACAAAAGCAACAGUGGUGCUACUGAAACAUAAAGUGAUAUGUGAAGUGGUGAAAUUGAUAGAGAGCAGCCAUGCGGUGGGAUCAACAGGUCGUGACUCUAGUGUUGGACCUCCAUCACCCACUUAUGAUUUCAACACGAUUUGGAACUUACUCAAAAAAGAGAUUGAAGCACUUAUUGUGAGUUACAUUUACGAUGACAAUACCGAGGAUGGUGCCAAACAUGCCCAAGAUCUCAAUCAAUCUUCGAACAAAUUACAUCACAUUUUGGCGAACAAACAAUUAUUCAAGUUCGACAAUGUGUCCUCUGGAUCCAUCAGCAAAACAACUGAGGAUAUGACUAUGGUUCUCAACGAAAUGUUCCCUGGGUUUAGCCCGAGCUCGAAAAAAGGAUCGAUUCAGAAUUCCGAGGUUGAAGUGUCGCCGUACAUCACCAACGAGCAAUUCAAUAGUCUUGCAGAGGACUUAGUACCCAAAAACAUUUUCAACAUGAGAAUAAUCCUAGAGUUUUUCCUCGUGUUCAUAUCAGCCUCUCAAGAAAUGCUCACCGACUUUGGUAAGAACAAGGGCUUGAACUUAACGGCAUAUCAGUUCUUUUACGAUUUCAUGAAAAAUUCUUUCCACAGAAAGCUUCACAAUGACCUCAACCUCAACUUCGAGAGAUGUAUGGUGGGUGAACUAGACCAAGUGUUGGCCACAGAGGGUAAUUUGAACGUCAAAUUUACACAAGAGACAAUCAACUUGAAUGAUGACGAGUCCGAGAAUCAAGCCUUGGCGAGCUUCCAUCGCUCUAACUCAGCAGCUAACAGAGUUUAUGCCAACGCUAAUAACUUUCGUCGUUUAUUUAACCAUACAUGUCACUCAUUGAAUACUUCAUUCACUUACAGGCGAGACAUAAGUGAUCUUGCACUCAACUUGCUUAAAAAAUUUGCAAAAGCUUAUAACGAUUACUUCAAAGAGCUUUUAGCAACAGGAGUUGGCCACGAUAUUACGGAGAUGGGCAUUGGAAUAGGUGAGCGUUCGAAGCAUAUUCUGCAGAUCAACAAAUGGCUCAAAACUCCUGCCCUUUUGGAAAUGAGCGGAGGAAUACUUCAGCAUCAUGACGACCUCGAGGGCUGCGCACCAUUGAUAACCAAGGAAAUCGACUUGAUGCUCUUCAAAUCCAAUCAUUCUCCAAACAUUUUUGAUAUCACCAAGGACGAUUUAUUCGACGAUGAAUGGUUUGACCAAGUUUGUUAUUUACUUCUUACUGCAUCUUGGAUUUUACUGUGGUUGCCUAGCAUGAGGAAGGAAUCGAACUACACGAUUUACGAAACCGGAAUUCCAAAAGCCAAAGUGUCCGAGGUAGACAAAUUGAGACACGACUGGUCGAUCUUAGAGAACGGACGCUCGACAUUUGCGAUCGCUGAAAAGACCCAAAAUGUGUACUUGACUCUCAACCUGGCGAAAAUUGGAGAGUUUGACGAAGUGAUUCAAACGUUUGAGAGCAUCAGGGAUCAAACAUUGAUCGCCUUAAGAUACGAUCUUCGCCUCAAAGCAUUGUACUACAUUGGCAAGUCAUACCGUGAGAACUUCGUUCUCGGCACUGAACCAGCAGACUCGGAUCAGUUCAUCGGUCAAUACAACAGAGAGGUAUAUUCCAUUGGUACAAAGAUUUCGGAAAGACUCAGUUCUGCCGAAACCGACUGUGUUUUUGUUGGUUUACCCAACUUUUUAACUCGAUCAUUCUUGCAAGGCAGUGAGAUGAUACAAGUUGCGAACAAGAACGGUAUUAAGAAGAUUCUUUUGAACAUUAUCACCAUCCAGCAAAUGCUUCGGAGUGUGAUGAAGGAGGUGGACCAUGUGGACUUCAGCAGGGCCUCGAGGUAUUUUGAGCUCUUCACUGCCUCAGAGCAUGUCCUCCUCCAGAAGGUGUCGGAGAGCAAGGACGCAUACACGCGUGAGGAGGUGCUCAAUUUGCUUCGCUUGAUCUACAGUGAGAAGCUCCAAUCAGGCAAUGCCAGUUCAUUCAACAAGAGUAAGUUCGGAGAGCUUUCCAGGAAAAUCUCGGACAUUUUUGUAUAG